CCCCGGGACCCUCCCGGGACCCCCCCGGCCCCACCAUGGGCUUCCUGAAGCUCAUCGAGAUCGAGAACUUCAAGUCGUACAAGGGCCGGCAGAUCAUCGGGCCCUUCCGCCGCUUCACCGCCAUCAUCGGCCCCAAUGGCUCCGGUGAGUGGCCCCGGGCCGUGUCCCAGGUGGCCCCGCUGGCCCAGGUGACCCCGGUGGCCGCGGUGGCCCUGGCCCUGUCCCAGGUGGCCCAGGUAGCCCAGGUGGCCCCGGCCCUGUCCCAGGUGUCCCAGGUGGCCCCGGGCCCUGUCCCAGGUGGCCCCGGCCCUGUCCCAGGUGGCCCCGGGCCGGUGGCCCAGGUGGCCGCGGUGGCCCCGGCCCUGUCCCAGGUAGCCGCGGUGGCCCCGGCCCUGUCCCAGGUGGCCCAGGUGUCCCAGGUGGCCCUGUCCCAGGUGGCCCAGGCCGAUCGGUACCAGCGCCUCAAGGAUGAGGUGGUUCGGGCCCAGGUGCAGCUGCAGCUUUUCAAACUCUUCCACAACGAGGCCGAGAUCGAGAAGCUCAACAAGGAGCUGGGGCUGAAGAACCGCGAGAUCGACAAGGACAAGAAGAGGAUGGACAGGGUGGAGGACGAGCUCAAGGACCGCAAGAAGGAGCUGGGCAAGAUGAUGAGGGAGCAGCAGCAGAUCGAGAAGGAGAUCAAGGAGAAGGACUCGGAGCUGAACCAGAAGAGGCCUCAGUACAUCAAGGCCAAGGAAAACACUUCCCACAAGAUCAAGAAGCUGGAGGCAGCCAGGAAAUCCCUGCAGAACGCCCAGAAACAAUACAAGAAACGCAAGGCGGACAUGGAUGAGCUGGAAAAGGAAAUGCUGUCCGUGGAGAAAGCCAGGCAGGAGUUCGAGGAACGCAUGGAGGAGGAGAGCCAGAGCCAGGGGAGGGACCUGACCCUGGAGGAGAACCAGGUGAAGAAGUACCACCGGCUGAAGGAGGAGGCGAGCAAACGAGCGGCCACGCUGGCCCAGGAGCUCGAGAAAUUCAACCGCGACCAAAAGGCUGAUCAGGAUCGGCUCGACCUGGAGGAGAGGAAGAAGGUGGAGACUGAGUAUGGCCGGCUCAUUGACCUGUGCCAGCCCACGCAGAAGAAAUACCAGAUUGCCGUGACCAAGGUGCUGGGGAAGAACAUGGACGCCAUCAUCGUGGACUCGGAGAAGACGGGCAGGGAUUGCAUCCAGUACAUCAAAGAGCAACGGGGGGAGCCCGAGACCUUCCUGCCCCUCGACUACCUCCAGGUGAAGCCCACGGACGAGAAGCUGCGGGAGCUGCGGGGGGCCAAGCUGGUGAUCGAUGUCAUCCGUUACGAGCCCCCCCACAUCAAGAAGGCGCUGCAGUUCGCCUGCGGCAACGCGCUCGUCUGCGACAACGUGGAGGACGCGCGCAGGAUCGCCUUCGGCGGCCACCAGAGGCACAAGACGGUGGCCCUGGACGGGACGCUGUUCCAGAAGUCCGGGGUGAUCUCGGGCGGCGCCAGCGACCUCAAGGCCAAGGCUCGGCGCUGGGACGAGAAAGCCGUGGACAAACUGAAGGAGAAAAAGGAGAGGCUCACCGAGGAGCUCAAGGUGCGACCCCAACAAAUGCGCCUCAAAUAUUCCCAAAGUGACCUGGAACAGACCAAGACCCGGCACCUGGCACUCAACCUGCAGGUGAGGGGGGGUUUGGGGUGAAAUCCCGGGAUUUUGGGA